GCACCAAUUGAAGGAAACAUUGCAUUAUAGACAGUAUGGCACCAAUUGAUAGGAAACAGUACAUUGUAGACAAGUGUCAGAAGAAGUGUCAAAACUUCCUGGAGACCUUGAAGAAAGUAGAAGCGAGCACCAAAUUCAAAGAGCUCACCACCUCCAUCAACCAGCUCAUCUACACCACCAGGCUGCCCUGGAUCUUUGUACUGACCCUAGCCUGGCUAGUAGCGGUAGUCUACCUAGCCUUUGGCGCCAUAUGGCCACUGGACUGGACGCAUAUGAGGUCACACUGGUUAAGAGGUGGAGAACACCAGUGGCAAUGUAUGUGGUAUAAGGUGAUGACGGGACGCAAAGGAAUGGAACUGGUAGAGUAUUUUGGUAGGGAAGGGGUGGAAGCAGUGACAAAGGACAAUAGUACACUAAGAACUGUCUUGUUAUCUGGAGCAAAGGGUUGGGGUGGUGGAUAGCACCAGUGACCCCU